AUGCGACAGCACUCCAUGUCAAGUGUCAGGAAACUAAACGAGCUGGUGCACGAAUGCAACGUGCAACUGGCCUUAUUCCGAAAUGCGACACAAGGUAUAGGAACCAGUCACGAUGGCGCCUCAUUAAGGAGAGAAGUCGAAACUGCAGGUCGGGCGUGCUUAAAGGCAUGUGAAGCAGCGAAAAACUGUGUUUUACCGCAAUUACGGCAUGAAGGUGUGGAAUUUACACGACACGCAUCACAAUUUAUCGGUUGUGUAGCGGCGUAUGUGGUAGAGAUGAAACGAUGUGUAGCGUUAGAGAAGACGUUCCCUGCGCCAACUGAACCAUCAAUCACACCGCAACAGAUUGCUAACAUGGAAGCGAUGUUGGUGACAUUAGAGAAUUUGAUCACCGUUCAUUUCUCUACCAGCGAAUCAUCCCCUACCGAUAAGGUGACUCCACGGCGGCGACGAGCAACAUCGUGUCGACCGCAAUGUGUGUGUUCGAAGCUCAAAACGAGCUAUGCCUAA